AUGCGCCAAUUCUGCCGCAGCCGCUUGACGGGGACGCGGUCGAUCGACGAAGCUUUGGAAAAACAGUACAUUGUAGACUCAGGUGGGUCUGUGUCCGAUCUGCCAAGAAUUUCUGGACGUCGGUUCCAGUUUGGGCUCUGGGAUCUUUGGCGCUUCAGCCUCCAGUUUGCUUUCGAGAUGACGACGCAAAAGGAUCAUCAUCGCCGUGUGCCUCGAAAAGCGGAGGACAUCGAACGCGCACUAGAAUUCGGUCUCCAUGAAAUAAACCCCACAGAGAUGGCCCAGUCCCUGCGGCUCCUCUUCUUCGGGCUAACCCGUUCCUAUGGGAUUCAUCCCCCUGUGUCGGACGAUCUGGACACAGCCACACUCGAGAUCCCGUUACCAGUGCCAUCUGGCUUCCCACCAGAGCAGGACAAAGAUAUAGAUUUAGAACGGCAAUGUGGUAAGCCUUUCACUGACUCUAUCGAGGCCGACCGUUAUGCGCUUUCAUUUGAGUCCAUUUCACGUCCGACCACCGGAACACGAGUCACUGCGGUUCUAGUACGACAGUCCGUGUUUUGUGCCUUUUUUGGAUAUCUAUUGCCACAGGAGACUGCCAGUCAGGAUGACGGCACCGAUCUGGACAGGGAUAUGACGCUGGUGUGA